AUGUCCAUUGGCCAUGGACAAGAUCUCAAUCACCAUCUGCGGAGAUGGUGGAUGUAUGAUCCAACUAUCGAGGAUUCCUACUCCGUUACCCGCAACGUCGAUGGCCACCCAUACGUUCUUUCCAUCACCGAUACCGCAGGCCAGGAGGAGUAUCGUGGGCUAUGGUCUGCCUCGACCCUGAACUCGGACGCCUUCCUCCUAGUGUACGAUAUCACCAAUCCCUCGAGUCUUGAAACGCUGGAUCAUUUCAUGGACAUGAUCGAUAUGGAGGCGGAACAACGCGUUGAGGACAACCAGCGACUGCGCCAGGAGUUGGGAAAGAAAUCCGGAGGUUUAGGAGGCGUAGGAGACAUAGGCCAGAUUGGCCUGCCACCGCCGGUGAAAAUCGUCGCGGGCAAUAAAUGUGAUCUCAAGGAUAAUCGCGUGGUGACAUCCCGCGACGGACUCGAAUAUGCGCGCAAGCAUGGCUGUGGAUUUAUGGAGACCAGCGCUCGCGAGACGGUCAACAUUGAGGAGACCUUUGCCCUCCGUCGCGUUGUCGAAGCUCGACGACUUCAUGACCAAUACGGUGCACGUCCUCCCCAGUGCGCCGAACCAUCGCACAAUGCCCUACCAACAACCGCUGUAGAUGCGAUUGCAGGCGAGACCCGAUCCCGUCGAAGUCGAGCGUGGGAGUUUAUUAAACGCCGGAAGACAACGGAACCAAACGGCAAACAGGGUCAGGAACAGAGUGAAAUCCAGAACGAAACCGAAAAACACAAGCAAUUGACUUGGGGGGAGGGGAGGAGGGAGAGAAAGAGAAACAUGGAGCAAGCCAAAGCCCACCUUCGGAGUGAAUAG